AGGGGGGAAGGAAAAGACACAAAUUAUCAUAAGCCCUUGUAAGUUGCUCCUGAUUUCUUGUGGAUCGAAUCUCUGUGUCGAAUGGAAUGACAGCAUGAUAAAGCUAACAAUCCUACGCUUGUCAUCUUGCAGUCUGCCUUCAAUGACCUAUACAAAUGGUCUUCAUACGUCCAGCCAAUGGGGUGAGUAAUUGACAACUAAACCAAUUGUUUUCGCUGUCACUGUCUCUUUGUCACACACAUGCCCACAAAAAGGCUUUCUGGGAAUGUAGCAUGAGUCUUCUAACCUCUCUAUGUAUUAUAUAUACUUCGCAUCAAUACUUAACUCUCGAAACGAAGCUACACAAUUUCCUCGAUCGCGUCUUGCCUAGUUACUUGUAUCCUAACAAUGAUCAAGUUCCGAAGAUUUUCCUGCAAAUUCUUAACCAUCACUUCCCUUAUUCUUCUCGUUGGGGGUCCUAUCUUAGUCUCUUCAAAGUGCAUAUGUGAAUCCCAAGAAGGAGAUCGAAAAACAUCCAACGCACUCAAAUACAAACUGGUUGCCAUGGCUUCGAUCCUAAUUGCCAGUUCGCUAGGAGUUUGUCUUCCAUAUUUGGUAAAGAAAACAUUAUUUCACCCAGAGAAAGAUAUUUAUUUCCUUAUAAAGGCCUUCGCAGCCGGGGUGAUCUUGGCAACCGGGUUCAUUCACGUACUUCCCGAUGCUUUUGCAAGCUUGACGAGCCCGUGCGUCGGGGGAAAUCUGUGGGGAAAGUUUCCCUUUACCGGUUUUGUAGCAAUGGUGUCGGCCAUUGGAACUAUGAUGAUGGAAGCUUUUGCAACAGGGUACCAAAAGAGGUCUGAGCUUAGAAAAGCUCAGCCGGUGAACGCCGAUGAGGAAAGUGAUGGGGCACAUGUUCAUGGUCCUGCAUUUGUCUUAGAGAGGUCGAAUUCAUCUGAUCUCAUCCGCCACCGCAUAAUAUCUCAGGUUCUGGAGUUGGGCAUUGUGGUUCAUUCUGUUGUUAUCGGGGUAUCGCUUGGUGCUUCAGAAAGUCCAAAGACAAUCAAGCCUCUAAUAGCAGCGUUGAGUUUUCAUCAAUUUUUUGAGGGCAUCGGACUUGGCGGAUGCAUCUCUCAGGCUAAAUUCAAGCAUCGAACCGUAGCAAUUAUGAUACUAUUCUUCUCCCUGACCACCCCAGCAGGGAUAGCAGUGGGCAUAGGCAUUUCGAACGCCUAUAAGGAGAAUAGCCCUACCGCACUCAUAGUUCAGGGGCUUCUCCUAUCAGGAUCGGCUGGAAUUUUGAUAUACAUGGCACUUGUUGAUCUUCUUGCUGCUGACUUCAUGAACCCCAAAAUGCUAACUAAUUUUAGACUUCAAAUCGGAGCUAAUUUUACACUCCUUCUAGGAGCCUGUUUUAUGUCGCUCCUGACCUUGGGAGACUAACAUUUUCUUUUUCCACUUUAUAUAAAUCUAAAACAAAACCAGAAAGGAAGAUAUCCUUAUAUUUCCUUUCUGGUUUUGUUUUGUUUUAUGUUUUUAAUGCCAAUUGUAAUAAUGGGAUCCUUUAUAACUGUUGGAUCCAUUUACAGGUUAUAUAUAUAAUAGAUGAGUAAUAUUAUAUAUCACACUCUCAUCUUAUUUUUA